UCGACCCUGGGUCCCUUUUGAGUUCGAGAGAGCAUAAACGGUCCCUCCUCACUUUCAAGAGAGAGAAAGUGGUUGAAGCUUUUCCUUGUGAGGCUCAGAUGUGCACCAGAGGCCAUUGGAGGCCUUCAGAAGACGAUAAGCUCAAAGAGCUUGUGGACAAAUACGGCCCCCAUAACUGGAACGCCAUAGCUGAGAAGCUUCAAGGAAGAUCAGGUAAGAGUUGCAGAUUAAGAUGGUUUAACCAGUUGGACCCGAGGAUCAAUCGUAGCCCAUUUACCGAAGAAGAAGAGGAGCGCCUUCUCGCUUCUCAUCGUUUACAUGGGAACCGAUGGGCGAUUAUCGCCCGGCUUUUCCCUGGCCGGACGGAUAAUGCGGUAAAGAAUCACUGGCAUGUGAUCAUGGCGCGGAAAUGCAGAGAGAGAUCGAGGUUUCUGGCUAAGAAAGCAGCUCAAAAUCUUGUGAAAGAAGCGAGACAACCCGAAAUCAUGGGGAGAGAGAGAGAAAACUUCAAUGGCUUAUUAGGAAACUACUAUAGGAGAUAUGGGGGACCUUUUAUUCACACUCCCCAUCCUCACAACUACACACAACUGUACCCUAACAAGGAAACCCCAAUCGAGUUCUACAACUUCUUAAGCGUGAAGACCGAUAACAAUGGAGUGGAGACAAAAAGUGAGGAAGAGGAUCUGGAUUCGUGUACGACUUCGAGCGUCCCAUUUGUGGAUUUCUUAUCAGUGGGUAGUGUGAAGUGAAAUAUCAGCUCAGUGAUCUUCCUAACCCCAUGACAACACUAUACAGUAUAUCGGGUCUGCAAUCUCAUAGAUGUUGAUACAUAGAGUGGUAACCUAAAUCAUGUUCUCCAUGUGUAUAGAUUUUAUGUGGUCGACAAUCUUAAGACUGCAUGCUACAUGGUCUCUAGAGAGCAUGCUUAGUGCAGGCUUGUAGGAUUUUCUUAAGAUAAAUGAGAAUUAAUAUGAUAGAAAGAUGGUAUCAUUUUGUCUUUGGAAUGCCCUUUGAUGAAAUGGCUUAGUUCUUGAUAAAUGCAUUAUUGAGUUCAUGCAUC